AUGACCGAAACACGUAAGCGAGUGAAAGUGUAUGUGCUUAAUUCAGAAAGACAAUGGCAAGACAGGGGAACUGGUUACGUUUCAACGCCUUAUGUAAAACAACUAAAAGGUAUUUCAUUAACAGUAGUAUCUGAAAUCGAUGGAAAUCAAUUAUUGCAAGUCAAAAUACACCCACACGUUGCUUAUCAAAAGCAACAGGACACUCUAAUAGUGUGGUCUGAAAACAAAGAUCUUGAUUUGGCUUUAAGUUUUCAAGAGAAACCGAGUUGUGAAGAAGUGUGGAAGAUAAUCUGUCAGCUUCAGGGCAAGGACAGUUCUGUUGACGUUACACAGGAAAUUGUUGAAGAGUCUGAAGACGAUAAGUUUGGAUUCUUGUCAGAUUCAUUUCCAGAUAUUGACUUACCAUUUUGUGAAUUGUGCAGUUUGAAAGACAUUAGUGAAGUAAUUGCUUCCAAUAUGCAAAUACCUGUGAGAAGAGAAAAGUUAGCUGCUGUGAUUGAUAAUGAUGGUUAUAUAGAAAAAUUGCUCACUCUAUUCCGUGAAUGUGAAGAUUUAGAAUACACAGAAGGUCUCCAAUAUUUGCAUGGCAUCUUUAAUAAUAUAUUUCUUUUAAACAAAAGUAAUUUGUGUGAGGAGAUGCUGCAAGAAUCAAAUAUUCUGGAUGUAAUAGGAUGUUUAGAAUAUGACUCUAAUUCUUCAUCUCCUAAACGGUAUAGACAAACUUUGAAAGAUCUCACCAACUACAAAAAUGUUAUACCAAUAACAAAUCCUGAACUUCUGAACAAAAUUCAUCAUACUUAUCGAAUUCAGUUUAUACAAGAUAUCAUUCUACCCAUACCACCAAUUACAGAAAAUAAUAUGUUUUCUGCAAUAUCAAACAUGCUUCUCGUCAAUAAAAUGGAUAUUGUAACAUGGAUACAGAAUGAUGAUGCUGUUCUUUGCCAGUUGUUUACAUUGCUCAAUGACAAAACAACUGAUAAACUCAAAAAGCGAGAUCUCAUUUUGUUUCUGAGGGAACUGUUUAUUUUUGCUCAGUGCUUGCAAUCUACAGAAAGAGAAUCAUUCUGUAAAAUACUGACAGCAUCUGGAAUUUUUCAGACUUUUGAAACCAAUUUUGACAAUGAUGACACUCGUUCCAGAACUGCAUUAGUAGAUAUUCUCAAUUGUUUUGUGGAAUAUUCCCCUUCAACAGUGCGGGAGUACAUUAUUCGAAAGAAUGGCAGUGACGACCUUACUUUUAUGAAUGUUUUGACUUCUUUAGUAAUUCACGACAAGGAUGUUGAAUUGGGUGGAGCUUCCCAGAUUUUCUGCAUUUUAAAAACGUUGUUAGAUCCUGAAAAUAUGCUACUGUCAGGAAAUUAUUGUGAAAAGAGUGAGUUUCUCCGGUUCUUUUAUCACAAAAGUGCAAAUAUUCUCUUCGGACCACUUUUGAAUUGCAAUAUAAACGAUCCUCCUCCAAAAACUGAUUACCGGACGCAGCAACUAUUAGGAUUAAUAGUGGAUUUUUUGUCGUAUUGUGUAGAAAAUCAUACAUAUCACAUUCAAAAUUUCAUAAUAGAUAAUGAUUUGUUGAAAAAGGCAUUAACCCUCAUGAAGUCGGAGCAUAUGUUCGUGGCUUUGGGAGCUCUGAAAUUGUUGAGAAAAAUCGUCGGUCAGUUGGAUGAAACAUACAACAACUAUGUUAUAAAAGGAAAUCUUGUUGCUCCAGUAGUGGAAUCGUUAAUAAAAAUUAAGAGAAAUAACAUUCUCUGUUCGGCGAUUCUGGAGAUGUUUCAUUUCAUAAACGUGGAGGGAUCACGAAGAAUCUGUAUGUACGUGGUGGAUAAUUUUUGGCAUGUACUGAAGGAGUUACAUUACACCAAAAUUUUCGCGAGUUUAAAAAUGCGAUCAGAUUCAUACAGAGAAGCAUCGAAGGAAAAAGAGAAAACCUCGUCGGAAACGCCCCAAAAUACUUCCUCUAGUCGUUACAGGCGCGAUGAACGGGACCUGGAAGAGGAAGAAGAAAAAUGGUUUGACACGGAUGAAGUGGAGGAAUCAAACUCAACAAGAAAUGAAAGAGAUGACGAUGGAGAAGAACCUUUACUAGAGAAGAAAACUAGUGAAGAAAGUAAGGAUAAUAAAGAAAAUACGUUACAGGAGAAGAAAAAUGACAAGGAACCAGACAGAACGAGUUCCUCUGUAAAACCACAUCCUAUUACGUCAGGUAAAUUGUUGUGCAAAAGAGCUUUGGUGGACUACGAAGGAGAUUCUGACGACGAAGAUGAAGAUUCACCUCCCAUCAAGCGCAACAAGUUGUCUUAA